GGUAACGCGUGUGAUUCAUAUCCGUGUUGGAACGAUGCAUUUUGCAUACCACUGAAUUUGAGUGUUUCGUCGUUUAAGUGCAUAUGUGGAAGUGAAUACGCUGGUGAGCUAUGUCAGUACAAGGUAAACGACUUUUGCAAGGGACAGCAUUGUGACGAGGGUACAGUAUGUACCGUAACAAACGGUUUUGCAGAGUGUGUCUCAUACGAGUCGCUUGCGUAUUUUUCGUCGUGUGACGAGACGUUCUGCCUGAAUGGCGCUCAGUGCGUUCCAGCGAUCAACAAUCGUUUCAAGUGUCUCUGUGCAGACGUGGACAGCUCAGCGCAUAUUGCAACAUUCUCAAUAACAACGACGGUAUUUCUGUUCGGUCUUGUUCUUCUCAUAGUGCUUUCCGUUCUACUCAUAUGUCAUAGCAGCAAUAUUGGAUGUUAUCUGCUGAUGCCUGGUGAAAGCAACUAUACGCGAUGGGAUGAUGAGGAUGGAGAACCGGAUGAUGAUCGCAUUCCCCUCGAGAUGAUUCGAAGCGGAACUCAGUAUGACUUCUCAUAUAAUCUUUUUCAAUGA